CACUAGCUAGCUAACUAGCUGCAUUGGGCGAUCAUCAGGUUUCAGUGGAAUUCAACUUUAAGUGAAUGGAAAAGGCUUCAAUCAAAUACAAAAAUCUUUGAUUAACUUUUCUUCCCACUUGUAGGUCUGGUUAUUUGAAACGGAGAAAGAAGAGAAAACAUAUAGUCAAUGGAAGACGAACAUGUAAAACCUAUUAGCUUGAAGGCGUUAGUGGACAAGGAGAGCAAAAAAGUUAUCUUUGCUGAAUCAAAUGAGGAAUUUAUUGAUGUCCUCUUCAGUUUCUUGACGAUGCCAAUGGGAACAAUCAUCAGGCUCAUCCGUAAUCGACCUCCAACGAUGGGGAUAGGCUGCAUGAAUAAUUUAUAUGAAUGCAUUGAGAAUCUUGAUGUGCAAUUAUUCAGGACUGAAGCAUGUAAGAAAAUGUUGUUAUACCCCAGAAAUGCAGCUGCAGAUCAGUGCAGGAGACUAAAAUUGAAUGUUGAUGAGACUGAGCCGCUGAGGUACUUUCUUGGUGAAGGCGGUCAUUGCCCUCAUUUAAGUCACUAUAAAGAUGUUAUUUGUCGCUGUGGAGAGUGCAUAAAUAUUGAGAAGUUUCUGCCGGAAAAAAAAUGUCUUGCUCAAGAUAGAGGGGUGUUUGUUAAAGAAAUGACCCGGUUUAUGAUAAGUGAUGAAUUACGAGUAAUGCCCCCAUCAACUGAAGAGACCCUUUCUCUACUCUUAAAUCUAGGACUGAUCGAUGGAAUGACCACCGAGGAGUGCAAUCUUGACAUAGGAAUAGAUGAGAUUUUGACUUUGCUCAAGAUGUCACUGGUAUCAAAGACACCUUUGACAGAAACUUUUCUAAAGCACAAUCCAACACCUGAGUUGGACCAAAAAUAUUUUGAUAUGGGCAACUAUAUUAAAUCUGGAAUGGGGGAACCAGCAUCAGAUGUAAGGGGGAAGACUUUCAUGAUCAAGCUUACAGUCAGCAAAUCCAAGAAGAUGGUUUGUUAUGCAGAAACAAGUGAAGCUUUUGUUGAUUUACUCUUCAGUUUCCUCACUGUACCACUUGGGUAUGCAGUGAAGGAAAUGCACACCGGCAAUUGGAAAGGAUGCAUAAAUCAUCUGUACAAUAGCAUUCAUGAACUUGAUGCUGAGCAAUUUCUGAAAUCAAAUGAGCACAAGGCAAUGCUUCUCAGUCCGAAGCUUGCCCCUAAUUUUGGCUAUGAGAAUCACCCUUUGGGCAUUGAGGAAGAUAAACAUCCGCAAUACUAUUAUGUAUUUUCUGGUAGCAAACUGAUUUCUGAUGAAUCAAUUGUUCCCAGAAGGGGAAUUUCAGCUUUAACUGUUGUGGAUCCCAAGUCGAGCUCUAAGGACACUGCAACAGGAGGAUUUGUUAAGGGACCUGCAAUGUUCAGCAUAACUGACAAUCUGAUCAUAGCGCCUAUAUCACCAAUCUCAUGUCUUUCUCUUUUGAGGAAAUUGAAGGUACCUCUCGAUGACAUCGAGGUGCGUCUUGUGAAAGUGGGUUAUGAGGAGGCCUUGUGUCUUAUGGUGGCCUCUUUGUUGUCUGAAUCGGUUCUAACUGAUACCUUUCUUAGAAAACCAAAUCGAUGGCUUCUUUGGUGUUUGAAUCGGUUCUAACUGAUGCCUUUCUUAGAGAGAGCCAAAUCCAGAAAAUUGAGGACAUCUUGGUUCACUUACUAUGAAAGAAUGUCAUCUUAUUAUGUGUAUCAGAGUGAGAAUCUGUAAUUGAAACUCUAGUAUUGUAUUUCUCCAUGAGAUUGCAUUGUCAUACAAAUACAUGUACAUAAAUUAAGGCAAUGUAUUAGAA